AUGACUGGCACAACAUGUAAGAUGUCUGUAGCUGGUAGUGCAGUGGUCGGAUUCGAUCACACGAAGAUCCUCACCUGUCACAUGCUAUUUGUGUGUGAUGUGCGGUCUUACGUGUACUUAAAUGCACUAUGUCUUUGCUCUUGUGGAAAUAUGGAAGUCUCUGGCUGUAGAGGAACUGAUUCUGCACACCCACCUUCGAGCAGAAAACGAAGGUCGCUCAAUGUCGUCAACGCCAACAUCUCAAAGACGAGUGAAGACUCAAGGGUCCUUGAUACCGCUGUCGAUAUGAAGAGUAAAUCGUUGCUAUUCAUUCCCCGCUUGAUUCUCCGAAAGGAUCUUCGAGGUGGAGAGAAAAAAAACAUCAGCGCAAAAAUUAAUAGCAGAUUAGAUGCUUUUGGAGAGGGCUCAUUGGAAGAGUUGAUGAAAUCUGUCGAACCAAUUAUAAAGGGGCAAGAUGAAAGGGUUCGUAAACCAAAGCUUAGUGCUUUAGUCAAAUGCAAAAUAGAACAGGGAAACGUGAGACAUGCUAUGAGGAUUUUAGCAUCGACGGAUACGAUGGCUCCAGAUUCGACAAACACUAUCAACUCCCUAAAGAACAAACAUCCUCCCGCUCCGUUAGACAGAAAACCAAGUCCCAACAAAGAAUCGUCAAGCGUUACAGUUAAUCCCCAACAAAUUAUGUUGUGCUUGAGGCAGUUUCCAAAAGGAACCUCAGGAGGUAGAGAUGGCCUAACCCCACAGCAUUUAAGGGAUUUAACGCAUGAUAAAAUAGAAACAGCAGAACUUAUCAGUGCUGUGACCGGUUUUAUCAAUCUGCUGUUGAGUGGCGUUUGUCCACCCGAGCUGGAGGAUUUUAAACAUAUUAUGUCAAUGAUGACGGAGAUUGGCAAGCAUGACGCCCUUGUCUUGUUGACGCAGGCAGCAUUCAUUCCAAGGCUGUCAUACUUUUUACGUACAUCUCCUGGCCCGUCUCAACAAAAGUCAGAUGAAUUAAACAACGAACUACGCAUGGGUUUUCAGAAGAUAUUUAAUGUGUUUUUUGAUGAUAAAGGUUGGAAGCAGGCUAUAUUACCGGUAAAUAUGGGUGGACUGGGUUUGUUUUCAGAACUUAAGUUCGCCCUCGACCGAGUGUCUCAUCUUUCCGUCCACGACGCCCUGACUAUUGUCCGAAGCGCCCUCAGUUUGCCCAAAGAACCAUCUGGCAUUUCAGUGCAAGAUGGCAAGCGACCAGACGGUUGUACUCUUACUCCCUGGAGAGCCGGUAAAUGUUUGGCUUGGGAUGUUACGGUUCCUGGUACCUUGGCCGAGCGCUACGUUCACCUUACCAGCAAAGAAUGUGGUUUGGCUGCAAUCAAGGCAUCGGACGAAAAAAUUAAAAAAUAUGAACACGCCCUGCCUUCCUAUAUGUAUCGAGGUCCUUGGACCCAUGGACCCCAAUACUUCAAAAUUUAUUAA